AUGGCUAGUCCUCCUGUUCUAGCUUUCGACGCCGAGGGCCGUCCAGUGAAGUUCGAAACCUGGCUAGAUGACCUGCACCUUUUCCUACAGCUCACUGCCAAGGAAGAUAUUACACUGUACGACCACGCUCUCGGCCAUGCGACCGCCCCACUCGCUACUGCCCCCCCAGCUGAGCGCUCACAGUGGCAGACCCGUGACGCGCACGCUCGCUUUGCUAUUCGCAACUCCCUGCCGCUAGAUGAGCGCGAGCACUUCGGCCAGUGCAAGACUGCUAAGGACCUCUACACAGCUGUAGUGGCCCGCUACUCCUCACCCGCUUCUGCCACGCUAGGCCGCCUCACUCUCCCCUACCUGUUCCCCGACCUAGCCUCCUUUCACACUGUCGCAGACCUCAUCACCCACCUUAAGACUAGUGAGGCUCGCUUUCGCGCUGCCAUGCCUGACGAGUUCCUCGCUAGCAACCCCCCCCCGCUCUGGAUCACUCUCUACCACGUUGUCACCCGCCUCCCUGACUCUCUGCGCCCUGUCAGGGACCAGUUCCUCUCUCGCUCCCCCACUGAGCUCACCGUAGACCUCCUCGAGAAGGAACUGCUUGCAGCCGAGGCUAGUAUCGUCGCUGUAGGCACCUCUCGUGGCGACCCCCGCGGCCCCUUCUUCGAGGGGUGCUCCCCUUCCCCCCUCCUCCCCUCUGUCGCCUCUGCUGCUGCUGUCGACCUCCUUGGUGCUGAGAAGGUCGGAGCUGCGUCUGCUUCAGGCGGACGACGCAGGGGCAGGAGUGGCAGGAGUGGGGGUGGUGGCGGAGGAGGCGGGGGUGGAGGUGGUGGCGGUGGAGGUGCGACUGGAGAGGCUAGUGGCGGCAGUGGUGGAGGUGACAGCGGCGUUGGGAGUGGUGACAGGGGCGGAGGUGGCAGCGGAGGCGGAGGUGGUCGUGGCAGCGGCAGGGGUGGAGGUGGCCGGGGCGGAGGCGGCGGGGGUGGUGGUCGUGGAGGCCCGGGGGGCGGUCAGAGUCAGCAGCCUGCCCCGACCCUUCAGGCCGCCCGUGAGUGGUAUGCGCGGCGCAGCGUCACCUGCCAGUACGUUAUUCGUACAGGUGACCGCACUGGCCAGACGUGUGGGGGGCCGCACCAGACGGAGCGCUGCUUCGCCCGCCUCAACGAUGCGUGGCGCACCCAGUUUCCUGGUGGGGGUGAGCUGCCGCGCUGGGCUGAGCUGCUCAGGAAGGGUGUUGAUAUUUGGGCACUAGACUUUGAUGCUAUUCUCACUGCCAUGUAUGCCAUGUCUAUUAGUGGAGAGGGUGCUCAGUACUUGCGUGUUCCGCCCGACCCGGGCAUUCAGGCCAGCCCCGCUGCUGCUCUAGGUGCUAGUGUGUCUGCUUCCACAGGUACUACUGCAGCUGCUGCUCUAGGUGCUUGUGCGUCUGUGCCCCCUGGUACUGAGUCGACUGCAGCACUGCACACCUUCACACUGGACUCAGGUGCUUCUCGCUCUUUCUUUCGUGACCGCACUGUCCUUGAGCCUCUAGCUCGGCCGGUUGCUGUCUCUCUUGCUGACCCCUCUGGGGGUCCGGUCCUUGCGACCUCCUCCACCACCCUUCCGUGUCCAGCGGUUCCGUCCGGCACGCUCUCAGGUCUCUACCUCCCCUCGUUCUCCACGAACUUGGUGGCAGGUAGUGCGCUCCAGGACGGGGGUGUUCACCAGUUCACCCCUGCCUACGAGCGUGUGACUCACUGCACGUGUGCUCGGACGGGCCGCCACCUAGCUACUUUCACUCGAGAGCCGGGGUCUGACCUGUACACACUGACCACUGAGUCCCCUCAGGUAGCUGCGUCUGCGUCAGCGUCAGGUCAGCUGUCCGCCCCCUGCUCGUGUCGCUCUCUGGCGAACGACACCGUCCUCUGGCACCACCGCCUUGGUCACCCGUCUGUGCAGCGCCUGCGGGCCAUGCACAAACGGGACCUUGUUGCUGGUCUUCCCAGGGUGCUCCCUCCCCUUCCUGACUCCCCUGCUCCUGACUGCAUUCCCUGUGUCGAGGGGCGGCAGCGCGCCGCUCCUCACUCCUCCUCCUUUCCCCCGACGACCGCUCCCCUGCAGACGCUCCACAUGGACGUGUGGGGCCCAGCCCGCGUCCGUGGUCAGGGUCAGGAGAGGUACUUCCUGAUAGUUGUUGACGACUACUCGCGCUACACCACGGUCUUCCCCUUGCGCGCCAAGGGUGACGUCCCUGGUGUUUUGAUCCCCUGGAUCAGCCGAGCCCGUCUCCAGCUAGGCGAGCGCUUUCACUCGGACUUUCCUGUCCUGCGCUUGCACUCUGACAGAGGUGGUGAGUUUGCCUCCGACCUCUUGGCAGCCUACUGUGCUGAGCACGGCAUUGAGCAGUCGUUCACGCUUCCGGCCUCUCCACAGCAGAAUGGGGUCGCUGAGCGCCGCAUUGGCUUGGUCAUGGAGGUCGCUCGUACCUCCCUGACCCAUGCGGCUGCUCCCCACUUUCUGUGGCCGUUUGCGGUCCGGUACGCAGCGCAUCAGCUCAACCUCUGGCCCCGUGUCUCCUUGCCGGAGACUUCCCCGACUCUACGGUGGACGGGAGAGGUUGGCGAUGCGUCGCGUUUCCGGGUCUGGGGAUCUCGAGCUUUUGUCCGCGACACGUCCGCGGACAAGCUCUCGCGUCGCGCUGUUCCCUGUGUCUUUCUUGGCUUUGUUCCCGACGCGCCUGGAUGGCAGUUUUACCACGUCACCUCGCGCCGGGUUCUGGCCUCUCAGGACGUCACUUUUGACGAGUCCGUCCCCUUCUACCGCCUCUUCCCCUACCGCACUGCCCCGCUCCCCCCCCCCCUCUCUUCCUCGCUCCAGGUAGACCCAGGUGAGCCUGUCGAGGUAGCUGUUGACUCGCGUCCUGCGUCUGGGGGUGCUGAGCCUGGGAGUACUGCGUCUGAGGGUGCGGAGCCUGGGGGUGCUGAGCCUGGAGGUGCGGAGCCUGGGGGUGCUGAGCCUGGAGGUGCGGAGCCUGGAGGUGCGGAGCCUGGAGGUGCGGAGCCUGGAGGUACUGAGCCUGGGGGUGCUGAGUCUAGGGGUGCUGAGUCUGGGGGUGCUGAGUCUGGGGGUGCUGAGCCUGAGCGUGCUCCACCUGGAGGAGCCCCCUCCUCCCAGCAGCUGCAGGAGAGGUACCUCGAGUACUGCCGCCUCCGGAGAGGUGCUUCUGGAGCUCGUCCCGGUACUUCCCCUCCUACCCAGGAGCUCCCCCCCAUUCAGGUGAUCCGCGAGUGGUACACGCGGCGCUGCAGUCUUCGUAGUGGUGCUCCUGGUGCUGCGGACCCGAGCGGUGGUGUUGUUGCUGGUGCUGAGGACCCGGACGCUGGAGCUGCUGCUGGUGCUGAGGACCCGGGGGCUGGAGCUGCUGCUGGUGCUGAGGACCCGGGCGUUGGAGCUGCUGCUGGUGCUGAGGACCCGACCGGUGGCGCUGCUGCUGGUGCUGAGGACCUGACCAGUGGCCCUGCUGCUGGUGCUGAGGACCCGGGCGUUGGAGCUGCUGCUGGUGCUGAGGACCCGACCGGUGGCGCUGCUGCUGGUGCUGAGGACCUGACCAGUGGCCCUGCUGCUGGUGCUGAGGACCCGGGCGUUGGAGCUCCUACUGGUGCUGAGGACCCGGGCGCUGGAGCUGCUGCUGGUACUGAGGACUCGGGCGUUGGGGCUGCCACUGGUGUCCCUGCUGCUUCUCAAGACGCUGCGCGGCCGCGACCGUACUUCGUACCGCUCCUUCAGCAGGUUCUUGGUCAGGCUCCUCCUCCUAGUCCUCCUCCCUCAGUCGAGUGUCCUCUGCCUGUCCAGCCGCAGUCACAGUUACCGCCUGCCUCGCCUCUCCCUGCUCCCUCUCCUUACGCUGGUCCCACAGGAGGUCUUACAGAGCGUCGUGAGCCUGAGUCUCGUCCUGCGUCGCCUGUUCGUACUGCUCGCACUGGUCGUCGUGUCCCACGUGAGCGUCCUCCUCCUGUCCCUGGCACUCACUACAUGACUCUGCGUCCCUCCACUGCUCCGCAGCGUGUCCCGCUGCCGUCUCCUCCUGCGUCCUCUCUUCCUACUCUUCCUGACCCGGAGUCUGACUCCCGUCGUGCUGCCAGUCCCACUGUUACGCGUCUCCUCGCUACAGUUGUCACUGACCCGACCUUUGAGUCCUCUGCUGCGUCUGCUCUGGUCGCUGAGUUGGUUGACUUUGCUGCUCGCUGUCGCCUAGACUACGCUGCCAGCCUUGUCGCUAGGUCUGAGUCUGCGUCUGCCUGUCCUCCGUCCGUCGGGGGUGAGUGUGCCCUCGGCACGGACGUCCUUGAGGACAGACAGGAGGAGUUCCACUGCCUUGCUGCUGCUUUGCCCCGUCUCGUGUCCUUGCUAGUUGCCCCUGAGGGAGACCCGGAUGCACCAGACAUCCCGACCCCACGCUCUUACGCUGAGGCGAUGGCGGGUCCCUACUCCUCUCAGUGGCAGACAGCCAUGGACGCAGAGAUGGCCUCCUGGAAGUCCACAGGCACCUACGUAGACGAGGUUCCCCCUCCUGGGGCGAACAUCGUCAGUGGCAUGUGGAUUUUCAGGGUGAAGCGGCCGCCGGGUUCUCCACCUGUCUUCAAGGCGCGCUACGUGGCUCGAGGCUUCAGUCAGCGAGAGGGAGUAGACUUCUUUCAGACCUUCUCCCCCACCCCGAAGAUGACUACUCUUCGGGUGCUGCUGCACAUAGCCGCUCACCGCGACUACGAGCUUCACUCUCUUGAUUUCAGCACUGCUUUCUUGCAGGGCAGCCUGCACGAGGAGAUCUGGCUGCGCCGCCCCCCUGGCUUCACUGGGUCAGUUCCUCCUGGCACCCAGUGGAGACUUCAGCGGCCGGUCUACGGUCUCCGCCAGGCACCACGUGAGUGGCACGACACACUGAGGACGACACUUGCGGCUCUUGGGUUCGCUCCCUCUACUGCUGACCCGUCGCUGUUUCUACGCACCGACACCUCGCUGCCGCCGUUCUACAUCCUCGUGUACGUCGACGACUUGGUCUUUGCCACUGCUGACACCGCGGCACUCGCUCACGUGAAGUCGGAGCUGCAGAGGAGACACACGUGCACAGACCUGGGUGAGCUGACGAGCUAUCUUGGCUUGCGGAUCACCCGGGACAGAGCACGGCGCACCAUCACCCUGACUCAGUCACACAUGGUGCAGCAGGUUCUCCAGCGCUUCCGCUUCACGUACUCCUCGCCUCAGUCCACUCCUCUGCCUACCGGUCACUCGCUCUCAGCUCUGCCUUCGGAUGAGUCCGUAGAGCCGAGUGGCCCGUAUCCAGAGCUUGUGGGCUGCCUCAUGUACCUGAUGACCUGCACUCGACCUGACCUUGCAUACCCUCUUAGCAUCCUAGCACGCUAUGUCGCUCCUGGCCGUCACCGGAAGGAGCACAUGGAUGCUGCUAAGAGGGUGUUGCGCUACUUGUGCAGUACGUCGGGCAUGGGGCUUGUGCUUGGAGGGCGAGACCGGGUUGUUCUCACAGGGCACUCAGAUGCUUCUUGGGCAGACGACCAGGCUACUCAGCGGUCGUCCCAGGGUUACACCUUCAGCCUUGGCUCUGGCUCAGUUUCUUGGCGUUCUACUCGCUCUUCUUCUGUUCUCAGCUCCAGUUGUGAGGCUGAGAUCUACGCCACAGCCAUGGCUGCUCAGGAGCUACGCUGGCUGACCUACCUGCUGACCGACCUCGGAGAGCGGCCUCGUUCUCCUCCAGUGCUGUACGUCGACAACAAGGCUGCCAUUGCCUUGUGUAAGGAGCACAGACUGGAGCACAGAACGAAGCACAUCGCUCUGCGGUACUUCCUUGCUCGAGAGCUGCAGCAGCGUGGUCAGCUUUGUCUGCGUUACGUGGCCACGGAGGCCAACACUGCUGAUGUGUUCACCAAGGCGCUUCAGCCUUGUGACCAUCAGCGCUUUUGCACUCUGCUAGGCCUUGUACCUACUGGGCCUCACUUACUUACCUCUUGA